AUGGUCGCGACUCGAAACCACCCAAAAGAAUUCCCAGACCCCGAAACCGCGCAAGCGACAGCGCAGGAAUCGCCUCGCAAGCGCACAACUCGAACAUCGACCGCGAACAACGCAAGUCCCACCAAAGCAGUAUUUCAACCUCAAACACCAGCCCGACCGCGCGCACCCACUCUCUCGCGCACACCUCCGCAAUUAGGGUGGUCGCACACACCCUCCAACUUCACCUUGCUAUGGCUCGCCAUCAGCCUUCCGCUCGUGAUCUGGGACACAGGCUACGUCCUGCUCCGCCCGCUCUCAAUGCCUGGAGGGUCUCUCAGUAAGAUAUGGUAUCCCUACGGCAUGUACGGCACCGUCGAUUACGUAUACGGCUUCAAAGCGUACAACGCGCACGAAGGUUGGACAGCAGCCCAGGGAAUCAGCAAUGCGUUUGAAACGGCGGCGUAUAUGGUUUACUUGUACAUGGUGUAUGAGUAUGGCGAGCAGGAGCCGCGGCAAGGCAGCGGGGCGCCGGAUAAGAGUGCUAUGGGGCAGUUGAGGGCUUUGAGUGAGAGUCGGACGGUGACUGGGAGGGUGGCGGCGUUCGCGACGCUGCUUGGGUUCGGGACUGCGUUGGUGACUUGCUUCAAGACGGUAUUGUACUGGGUCAUUGAGGCUUGCGCCGGGUUCGCGAACAUUGGCCAUAAUGACUGGGCGACCCUCAUCUUGUUUUGGGGACCGAUGAACUUUGCCUGGAUCGUCGUGCCUGGCUAUCUCGUAUACGUCUUCGGCAAGGAGAUCUUGGACGGACUCGAAUCUGCCACACAGAGCAAAAAGUCGAGAUGA